CGUCACUAGUGUUUACUGUCUAGUGUCUAAUGUCUUAAACAUAAAACAACCGGAUAGAUACCUUGUCUCAUGUCUGCUAUUUCAUGCAAAUUUUUAAAUUGUUAAAUAUUGAGAUUUACUAAUUGCUAACAAUAUUACUAUACCUAACUAAACUAGUGUAGUUUUUUUUAAAUAAUAUCCGUGUUAUAUUUGAUCGAAAUGGAUACUUGGACUCCUGCGUAUUGUAUCGAUAACAUAGACGAAUGUAAAAGGGUCUUACUGACGCCAGGAAAUUGGGAAAAGGUUCCUUUUUUGUUGGAUAGACAAGCAGCAGUUGGAACAUUAGUGCGCUUUAAAGGGAUGAUACAAGAUAUGUUAAAUCCCGAUUAUUAUAGCAAAACAUUUUCUGUUGUUAACUCUUUGACAAAUGAAACUAAAGUUUAUCAAGGAAAAUUCAGUUCCGCAGUGAGAUCAAAGGAAGAUGAAGAAAUCCACUUUGGAGAUGAUCUAAUGGAGAGACUACCUGUUGCUUGUAUACCUAUUCCUGGACUUAACGAUUGGGUAAAAAAUGUAGAAAGUUCCAAUGGGCUCAACGAAACCGAACUAGAAGAAAAUUUUGCCAAACGGAUUCGUUUAGAUCCAACGUGUCAAAAACGGUCUAAUGAAGUUUUUGUUUUGAUCUACCCAGAAGAUGUAGACUCCAACGAAUUAAAACUCAACAGAGUUGUGGAUGUCAUUGGAUUUUAUGACCAUCAAUAUGUCAACACUGACGAUGAAUCUCAAGAGCAACCGUUAGAUGUAAAAGCAUCAUAUUGUGUCCAUGCUAUCCAUAUAAAAUUUCAACCCGACCCAGUUUUAUGUGGAAGCCAAUUAACUGAAAAAUGUAUUUGGGAAGAAGCGUCUAAGAUCCAAGAAGAAUUAAAACUUGUAUUGACUCAAGCUUUACUCGGAGAUUCUUUAGCUGCCAAUUAUUUACUAUUUAAUCUCGUUUCAACUAUCUACAACCGACAAAACAAUCAGGUUCCUGGUAAAUUUGCAUUAAAUAUACGCGGUAUUCCACAAGAUAUCGUAGUUGACUACACUAGUAAAUUGUAUUCUUUAAUAUCGUGUUUGGUAGAAAAAAGUAAAUACUUUCCAAUAACCAUUGAUAAUAUGAACAAUACAGACCUGAUACCUCGAAAAUGUUACACUACAAACAGGUUAUUAAAUGGAUUUUUACAACUGUCGAGUAAAACACAUUUGGUUCUGGAUGAAACAAAUUUGAACCCAGGAAAAUUAGAAAAUAAAGGAAUGUUAAAUCUUCAAGCAAUCAAUGACAUUAUAUCUAAUCAACAAGUGAAGUAUGAUUUUAUGUACUAUACUAUUGAUUAUGAAACUGAAAUUUCCGUGUUGACAUUAUCUAAUGGAAAAUCUCUAUUCCCGUUUGAUAUCGACAUUGUAUUCAAACCGGAUCCUUCUUGCAUCGGAAACAUUGAAGAGACCAUAGGUUCGGCCCAGACGUAUUUAAAUUCUCAAAGUUCGCUUUUGGAAAAAAUAAGAAAAUAUAUUACGAUAAUAUCUUCGAUGGAUUUCAAUUUUAACGAAGAUAUUUUAAAAAUCAUAGAAAACGAUUAUGUGGCAAUGCGGAAAGCAGAUCCUAAAAAUGUUUCGCCCGAUGAUUUACAUCGUUUUAUGGUUAUUUCAAAGUUAAUUGCCUUAUGCUCCGGCAAAAAUGAGUUGAAUAAAGAAAUAUGGGAAAGUUGUAAAGCAUUGGAAUCAGAACGUAAAAUAAGAAAUAAAUAAUUUAAAUUUACCGUCAUUUUAUCUUGGCUUUUCUUUUUGUUCUAUAAUUUUUUAAACACGUUUUUAGUUUUUUUAUAAAUUAUUAUAAUUUUUUUUUUAAAUAAAAUAUUGUAAAAUGAA